AAUUAGAAAAUCUUGCAAAGUUAGAUAAUAAACAAUUUCUUCGUCCGAUUAUGGAUUGUAAAACAAGGUGGAAUUCAACCUUUAAAAUGAUUAAUCGUGCAUGUAUUUUAAAAGAAAAUAUACAAAUGUUAUUAGUCAAACAUCCUAAAUUAAAAGAUAUUUUUCCAAGUGAAUAUGAAUGGGAAUUAUUUAGUGAUUUAGACCAAUUUUUAUAUCAAUUUAAUGAAGCAACCAUUGAACUUUUAUCACAAAAAUAUUCUAUUAUUACACAUUCAAGAGUAAUAUUAUUAGCUAUUAAAAAAGAUUUAGAAAUUAAUUAUGAUAAUGAUUACUUAUUAAAUGAUGUAUUCAAAACAAUAUCUAAAUAUAAAAAAUAUUGUUUUCCAAAGAUGAUAAGUUAUGAAAUACAAUCACCAAUUAGAAGUCUAUUAGAGCAACAACAACAAGGUGUUCCUAUUAUUUCAACAAAAAAAGUUUCUAGCUUUUUAAAGAAGUUAAAAGGAGCAACUUCUAAUAUAAUAAAUGAGAAUGAUAAAGUUCAUAAAUAUUGGAUUUCUGCUGAAGCUGAAGAAGAUGUAGAACUUUAG